AAAUGGUGUAUGGCACUUACUGGUCCUAAAAAUGGUUAUUUUAGAACAAUAAUCAGUUCAUAUCCAUGGCUGCCAUUUUUACUAACAAGACCCUGAUUGUAAAUAACAAGGACAAAGAUAAGUUGGAGCUGGAACGUGAGCUCAUCCGAGCAUUGGAGAAUAAGGUGAUGCUCCUAAUUCUUGGCUCUAGUGAAUGUCCUCGAUGCCAGGAGUUUGCACCCAUUCUGAAAGAAUUUUUUGUGAGACUCACAGAUGAAUUUUAUGUGGAGAGAGCAUCUCAACUGGUCCUGGUCUUUGUCUCACUUGAUGAGAGUGAGGAGAAGCAAGAUAAGUUUCUGAAUACCAUGCCCAAGAGAUGGUUGUUUUUACCCUUCCAGGAUGAGUUCAGGAGGGAACUGGAAUUGAGAUUUUCUGUGAAGAACCCCCCAGUGGUGGUGGUGUUGAAGCCAAACGGAGAAGUCAUCGCUGCAAAUGCAGUGGAGGAGAUUAAGCAGGUGGGUACUGCUUGCUUCAAGAACUGGCAGGAGGCAGCUGACCUGGUAGAGAGGAACUUCCUCCUAGCACAGGACUUUGACAACGUGGCUUUGAGGAGCAUCACUGAUCCCAUCCACCAGUUCAAAUACAAACUUGCCAAGGAGAAAAGGAGAAAAAGAACCAAAGAAGAUGAUGAUGAUGAUGAUGAUUUUUACUCACAGUUCUGUUUCCACAUUAAUUUGCAAUUUUUGUUUUAAAACAUUUCUCUCAACAUGCAUUUUUAAAAUUUUGUUAUGUAUAAGAAUUAGUUGCCUAUUAACCUAGUCCUCUAGGUCAGUGUUUCCCAACCUGUCAGUCACAACCCUCAAGUGGGUUCCUAAGCCUGUGCAAGUGUUCACAGACUUUAUAAGUAAACCCAAAAUAAUUAUUGCUUGUAAUCCUUAAUAUGAUGAAUACGUCUUGCCACCUUUGUUUUGUUGCCGCC